AUGGGGCAAACCAAAAGAAAUUAAAAAUAGAAAUUAUCCUAAAAUUAUUAUCAGAAGAUGUGUCCAAGCAGAGAACUUCCAAUUAAAGAAUUUGAAACAGAUUACGCUAUAAUAGAAAAAAAUUUAGGCUAACUUCAUUUUGCUGUUGCUUGUUCUGAUGGUAAAGUUAGAUUAGGAGUAUUGAGAGGCAGACUUAGAUACAAAAUUUAUGUCAAUGAAGGAGAUAUAGUUCUAGUAGGAUUAAGAGACUACUAAGAUGACAAGUGUGACAUUAUUUUGAAAUAUCACAAAGAAGAAACAAGACAAUUAUGGUAGCUUAAGGAGAUUUCAGAUGAUUUUUACUUAAAAACCAGACACAUUUUCCCAUUUAAAUGUGGAAGUGAUGCUAAUUCUAUUAGUAGCGUUAAUGAUUCAGAUAUAGUCUUCUUGAAUGAUGAUGAAAUUGAAGAUUUAAAAAGCAGAACCACACUAAUGAUAUCCUAAAUGGAAUCAAACACAGACUAGUCAUUCUCAUUAAUUGAAGGUUAGCAAUCACUAAAUACAUCAGGCUUUGACAAUUUCACUCUCAAUUCUGACUUAGAUACAAGAUCAGAAAGAUCAGAAAACACAUAAGUUUCUGAUUUUGAGGUUUUAGAUAUUUGA